AUGUCAGGUUGCACAUCUUCAUCAGAACUUAAAAUACACCAGCGAACACACACAGGAGAGAAACCUUAUAGUUGUAAUCAUUGUGAGAAGAGUUUUCCUACAUCAAGCCAUCUGACUGUACACCAGAGAACACACACAGGAGAGAAACCUUAUAGCUGUGAUCAAUGUGAGAAGAGUUUUACUACAUCAAGCCAUCUGACUGUACACCAGAGAACACACACAGGAGAGAAACCUUAUAGUUGUAAUCAUUGUGAGAAGAGUUUUCCUACAUCUAGCCAGCUGACUUCACACCAGAGAACACACACAGGAGAGAAACCUUAUAGCUGUGAUCAAUGUGAGAAGAGUUUUACUACAUCAAGCCGUCUGACUGCACACCAGAGAACACACACAGGAGAGAAACCUUAUAGCUGUAAUCAUUGUGAGAAGAGUUUUCCUACAUCUAGCCAGCUGACGAUACACCAGAGAACACACACAGGAGAGAAAUCUUAUAGCUGUGAUCAAUGUGACAAGAGAUACUCUGAUAAAAGAUGUCUGAUCAAACAUCAGAAAAUGCAUACAUGAAGAAGUUGUUUCAUGAUAUCAAUGAAAUAAUGUCACAAUGUAGAAUGUUUUAACAUUGUAGUAGGAGUAUUUUAAUGAUGUCACAAUGUAGAAUGUUUUAACAUUGUAGUAGGAGUAUUUUAAUGAUGUCACAAUGUAGAAUGUUUUAACAUUGUAGUAGGAGUAUUUUAAUGAUGUCACAAUGUAGAAUGUUUUGACAUUGUAGUAGGAGUAUUUUAAUGAUGUCACAAUGUAGAAUGUUUUAACAUUGUAGUAGGAGUAUUUUAAUGAUGUCACAAUGUAGAAUGUUUUAACAUUGUAGUAGGAGUAUUUUAAUGAUGUCACAAUGUAGAAUGUUUUAACAUUGUAGUAGGAGUAUUUUAAUGAUGUCACAAUGUAGAAUGUUUUAACAUUGUAGUAGGAGUAUUUUAAUGAUGUCACAAUGUAGAAUGUUUUAACAUUGUUGUAGGAGUAUUUUAAUGAUGUCACAAUGUAGAAUGUUUUAACAUUGUAGUAGGAGUAUUUUAAUGAUGUUCUACCUUACCCUUUGCCCUGUUCAAUUGAUUGCAGCAUGAUAUGGAUAUUAGCCUCAGGAGAAAAUCCAGGCUCUGAAUUGAAAGAGUAUUAUUUAACAAAAAGUGACUAACAUAAAAAGAGCUGUGUUACACUUACUGCGUUGGUGACCCACUUUAAUCAAAAUGCAGCACUUCAAAAUGUAGCUAGCUGUUUUCUACAAGUUGAAAAAGCUGCUUGUUUAAAAAUUCAUGUAAUAUGAUAAUUGUUGCAGAUGUUUGUGUAUAUACACACAUGAAAGUAGUAUAAUAAAUUGGUAUAUAAUCAAUUUUAUUAACAAUCUGACAUCACUCCAGUAUUUCUUGACAACAUUCAAAUGCUAAUUGUCUUUAUUCCACUACUGAAGAAGCAUGACUCAAAUCACCUCAUUCUUCAAACAUUCAGCCUGACAAAAGAUACAUGUUUUGUUAUUCCAUGCCUCACCAUUAAGUUAAUUAUUGCCAAUACAUAUUAACAAAGGGGUGUACAUUUGG